AUGGGAAAGCACCAGUUUCAGUGCUCUGCCCAAGAGGAAUAUGCAGGCAGCUGGUUCUCGUUGUACAUGGGAGGCAGCCAGAAGCCGGUAGCUCAAAAGAAAGCUUUGCCAACAGAAUCUAGUGCCACCUUUGAGGUCCAUGAGGUGGGCUCAGAUGAGCAAUUCCACUGUAGCUAUGAAAUCUGGGAGGCUGGGAAGGCAAUCCGCUCUCCACUUAGCCAGCCUGCAAACUUCACAGAAGUGCAUUACCCAAAGCCCUCAAUUGCUGCGAGUCCCAGCACAGAAAUCUCAGUGGGACAGGACUGGACACUCCGUUGUUGGGCUCCCUUUUCAGGUGUCAGCUUCGUCUUCUACCAGGCCAGGGACUUCCGGUAUGAGGUCACUCCUCGAGGGGAUUCCAACAUGGCUGAAUUCUCCCUGGAGAAUGUCACAGGGGCUGAUGAAGGACGGUACACGUGCUACUACCACAGCCUCACCGAUCCUGUCAUCUGGUCCAAUGCCAGCAGCCCAGUGGUGCUGAAAAUCCUGGGUGUGUCUGAUGUUAGCAGAUAUCAAGAGGUGUUGGUUGACUCUGCAGGGAGGUAUCGAGUGAAUUGUUCCAUGCCCUCCAUAACUGGGGGCUGGUUCUAUCUGUAUAUUGAUGGGGAGUUCUUUGCUGAAACCAGAGCAUGGCAAAAUGGGACAAGCGCCAGCUUCGGCCUCACAGAAGAUGCCCUCAGCAGCCUCAAGGGCAAGCUGAGCUGCCAGUUUGGGGAAAACCAACUCAACGAUACCAUAAGGCAGACACAAGAGUCACUUCUGCCGAGCCCUGAUUUCACUGCAGCCAAUUCUGUACGUCUCGGCCUCGGGUUCACUAUCCUUGUGGCAGCCGUGGCUUUUGUGGCUGAUGCGCUUUGGACUGAGAGGUCUCGGGAGAACUGA